GUGGGCCAGCAGACAGUGUGAACUUGAACACUGACGGGCACAGCACUGAACGACAGUCGAGACGCACAUCCCUGCCGUUUUAUGAGAUUCAUAACGUCAGCGUCCGCUUAGUCCUGGUGUAGUUUUAGAGGAUCUUCUCUCGCUAUGUCCAGACGUAAACUCGGCAGCAGACCGCAACACCUGAGCGCUAUGCAAGACGCUCCGGAUUCCACAGCCAUCCCCGCCGACUCUUCGCCGUCGCCCGAGCAGGUGCCUCAGACGGACGACGGAGGCCGCGACCUGUUGACGUGUGGCCAGUGUGGUCAAGCCUUUCCACUGGCCCACAUCCUCACCUUCAUCCAGCACAAACAGGGCGGGUGCGGCACGGCCAGACCCCGGUCUCAGGUCCACACUCCUCCCUCUCCGGCCAAUUGGACGCAGCGAUUCGGCCAAGGAACCCAGGUGGAGACGGGUUACGUGGAGCUCCGGCGUGUGACGGACAGGAGAUGGAAGGAAGAGCCAGGUGUGAGGGUGGAGGCCAACCGAGCCGAAGAGCCUUCUAUUUUCACCUGCCAGGUGUGUCAGUGCAUGUUCUCCAGCGCAUGGACUCUCCUCCAGCAUGCUCAGAACGCACAUUCCCUCAACAUCUACCAAGUGGAGGACGACAACAGCCUCGUACAGACAUCAAAACCGCCAGCCACAAUGGAUCCACGUCACCUGGGCGCCGCACUGGCCUCUGCGUUCCAGCCAUCCUCUCGGCGAUCCGCCCCCCUGCAUAAGCCUCCCCACGGCUCCAGCAUCGCACCUCGUGACCUGCAGGGCCUGAACUUCUCUAUGUGCUUGCAGCGCUUGGCGGAGGUUAGCUGCAACAGCGGAGGAGUAGUCCCUUCCCCAUCCCCGUCUCCACCGGCCGCUUCACCUUUUCCCCACUCAACUCCUCCGCUUCACGCAGCCUUCUCUUGCGAGCUGUGUGGCCAGGCUUUUCAAUCACUGCGCAGCUUGUCCGCCCACCGCCGCACUCACGCCUGCGAUAGGCCCUACCACUGCGGCGUGUGCCAGCUCACCUUCUCCCAGAGCGGCGAACUGGCACGACACAUGAGGAGCCACCGCCGGCCUGCCACUGGACAGGAAACCGAUCCCAACUCUGUCAUUGCAGAUGAAGAACGAAAACUUGCUGGACAGGGAGAUAAUGAUAUUUCCAUUGGUCACGGAGCAGGUACGGAGACUGCGAAGCCUCCGGGAGGUACUAGCCUGAUCUUAACGUCUUCGCAGUCCAAUCGCAGUCUGCUCCGAUACUACCAGGCUCAUAGAGAAGCCGACGAAGAGGGUCAAGGUGAACCGCAGCAGCCAUCACCCUAUGGCAGCCCCUCAGAGGGCUCUCUGGAGAGCGGAGAUACAGGUGGAAGCGGCGAGAGCGGGAUUGCCAGCGGCAACUGCACACCAAAGCGUCCAGAACGGGAAGAUCAUCCUCAAGGCGAAUGGGAGCGGGAGGUGGAAGCCGUGGAGAUGCUCCAGGACUGGCAGCGGGAGAACGAAAGGAGGCAGGUCACCAGCGGAGCAGGGAAGAAGAAGAAAGAAGAGGCUUGCGAGUUCUGCGGAAAGUGUUUCCGCAACAGCAGUAAUCUGACGGUCCACCGGCGCAGCCACACAGGCGAAAGACCGUACCGCUGUGGCCUCUGCAGCUACGCCUGCGCACAAAGCAGCAAACUCACACGCCACAUGAAAACACACGGAGCCCGUGGGACACGUGCUGCCUUUCAGUGCCAGCUCUGCUCCGUUCCGUUCACUGUCUAUGCCACGCUGGAGAAACACCUUAAGAAGGUCCAUGGACUCACUCAUGCCAGCGCCGGCGCGUACAGCCAGGGCCCGCUUUCUGAUUAUAGUGGCCUCGGCAUCAAAUUGGAGGACGACUCUGUCAGUGAUCAAUCAGCUCCCAUCACAAGGCUCACAGAAUCCAAUGCGGACCUAUCGGAGGAGCUCAAAGAGGAGGACGCUGAGAUGAGGGUCAGCGCUGAUGAGCAGUCUACCUCUGAGGAAACGGGCAGCACUGUGGCGUUAGGUCAAGCCACGGUAUAAACAUAGCAUAUGACUGAUCGUGACCAAAACCACCAAGCUUGUUGAUCUUCUGCCCACAACCCAAUAUGCACAUCUUAUCAAAAAUCGAGAAGUCUUUUCUCAAUUUCACCACAGUACUUAGAGACGCUUUAGAGCACAAUGCUGAUACUGUCCGAGGCUUGAUAGAUUCUGUUAUCAGUACAAGUGCCUGCUGUUAAAUCCUGAACUCUUCAUCAUCGUCAAGGCACUUCGAACCCCAGAAUUGCAUCUAGUAGAGCACAGUCAGAGACGUAUGGAGAUGGUUGUAAGUCACCUUUUUUGAGCCCAAAAGACAAUCGCACAGAAAGACUAAGCAACCUGUGAUUUUUGAAUUCUACAAUGCAGUUACGAAGUGGGAUUACACUGUUGUGGCACUCUACCACAGGGCCUUAAAGGUUCAUGGUUCAUAAAAAUCAAAAAUUGUGUUAGAGAGUGUUCUACAUCAGGAGUGUUCUACAUCAGGGGUGUACAGUCCUGCAGAGUUUGGCUCCAACUCCAAUCAAUCAAUCACACCUGAAACAACUAAUCAAAGUCUUUAGGUGUGUUAGAAUAGCUGAACUUUGCAGGAGCAGGAUUGUACACCCCUUGGUCUAGUUAAUACACAGUAUAACAGUAGACCGAUUUGAGCUUGUUUUCCCAACUAUCUGACAGGGUUGUUUUCAUUUGAUUACUGUAUAUUAAUAGGACUGAUUGGGUCUGUGGCAAUACAUGUUCACUGUCACUUAUUACUGUUAAAGAGCAUUUGUUUGCCAUUUUGUUUGUUGUUUAGUGUGUGUGUGUGUGUUUGUGCUGACAUUUUGUAACAUUCCACAAAAAUGUAUCACAUAUUUGUUUAUAUAACCUCUAUACUGCACAACAAACUCAUUUUCCUUGUAUUUUGUGAGCCUGUUUAGUCUGUUUACAGACUAUAUUGUUUUACUGCCGAGCACAUAGAAAUGCUAUGAAAAGUUGUUUAUUUUGUUUUUAAAAAAAAAUUCUCCAGGUUUUUUUUUUUUUUUUUUUUUGUGGUCGUGCGAAUGAAAAGCCUCAUUUCUGAUGAAAGUCUGGGUAGGAAACGACAGCACUGACCUUCUGAAAGGCGGACCCAUUGAGAGAGCACUUGCGUUUGUGUGAGAGAUAUAUGAUAUAAAUCUAUACAGGGAAUGUUUGCUUUGUUACAGUUUUAUACGAUUAUCAUUGUCAGGGAACUGUUAUGUUACGGUUUAUGUUCGUGUGGUAACAUAUAUGGUAGAAUAAAUAAUCAAAUAUAAUAAGCAAUUUUUUUUUUUUUUUUUUUUUGUAUUAACAAAUGUGAAAAUGGUUGGACAUCCAGUUGUGUCCGUUUCUUCAGGGAGCAGCGAAAACAAAGCUCUUUUUGUCCUCUGUAUAUUAUUAUAAUAAUUUCUGUUGAUCGAAAUGUCAUGUCUUGCGUGAUUUCUCCCAGAAUUCCCUGCGUAGCCCACAACUUUGCUGUGUAUUUUGUAUUUCCAUGCCUAUUUGUAUGAUAAUUAAAAGACAGAGGCACAGUCGGA